AUGUCUUCCGCUAAGCAGUCGUUCGAAACCGACGGCAUCGCCACUGUCGGCAAGUCCUACCCCGCCACCCAGGCCGCAGCCCAGGACAACGGCGAUGCCUCCAAGACCGCAUCGAUCAACGCAGGCGAUGAGGCCAAGUCUAGCCGCAACGCCGAGUCGCCCUUCGAGGUCCCCGUUGGCCAGGCCGGCGUCGGCGCCGUCUCGCGUAAGCUCAGCGCCCGCCACAUCCAGAUGAUUGGUAUCGGCGGUGGUAUUGGCACUGGUCUCUUUGUCGGUUCCGGCAUUGCCCUUGCCAACGCUGGUCCCGUCGGUGUUCUCCUUGCCUACAUCAUCACCGGUAUGACCAUCUUCGGUGUCAUGGAAGGUCUCGCCGAGAUGGCCUCGUACCUCCCCGUCUCCGGCUCCUUCAUGCACUUUGCCAGCCGCUUCGUCGACCCUUCCCUCGGCAUGGCUCUUGGCUGGAACUACUGGUGGUGCUACGCCAUCGGUUGGGCUUCCGAACUCUCCGCCGCCUCCGCCGUCAUCGGCUACUGGAAUGCCGACAUCAACAUCGCCGCCUGGAUCUCCAUCAUGAUGGUCGUCGGCGCCCUCCUCAACUUUGCCGGCGUGAACAUUUACGGCGAAAGUGAAGUUGUCACUUCGACAAUUAAACUUUUGGCCUUCAUUAUGCUAAUUAUUUUCGGAAUUGUCAUCGACCUGGGUGGAGGACCCAAGCACGACCGCCUCGGAUUCCGAUACUGGAAGAACCCCGGUGCCUUCAACCAGUUCAACGGCAUCACCGGCGCUGAAGGACGCUUCCUAGGUUUCUUCUCGGCAUUCCUCCAAUCAGCCUUUACCUACGUCGGAACGGAAACCGUGGUACUUUGCGCUGCCGAAGCACGCAACCCGACCACCCAGAUCCCCAAGGCCGCGCGCAGGGUGCUCUACCGAAUUCUCUUCUUCUACAUCCUCGGUAUCGCCAUCAUGGGCCUCAUCGUGCCUUACAACGACCCUGGUCUCAAGAGCGACGGCUCGUACACCGGCGCCUCGCCCUGGAUCAUUGCCAUGCAGAACGCGGGCGUCUCCGUGCUGCCGCACAUCUUCAACGCGGUGGUUUUGAUCUCGGCAUUCUCUGCCGGUUCGUCGUACAUCUACGUUGCCAGCCGCACCAUGUAUGCCAUGGCGCUCGACCGACAGGCGCCCGGCAUCCUGCGCCGUGUCGACAAGCGUGGCAUCCCUUACGUCGCUGUCGGUGUCUCGUGGCUCGUGGGCGCCCUGUCCUACCUCGGCAUCAGCUCCGGUGGUGGAACCGUCUUCUCGUGGCUUUCGGCUCUGUCCGCCGUCGCAGGUCUGUUUGCCUGGGCCACGUGCUGCUACGCCUACCUGCGCUUCCGCAAGGCCUACUCGCUCCAGGGCUACGACCGCGCCGAGCUGCCCUACCGCGCGAGGCUGCAGCCCUACUCGAGCUGGUUCUCGAUCAUCGUGUGCGCGAUCGUGAUCUUCUUCUCUGGCUGGUCGGUCUUCCUCAACGGCAACUUCACCGCCUCGGGCUUCCUCAGCUCCUACCUUGGCAUCCCCGUCUUCUUCGUGCCUUGGAUCGGAUGGAAGCUCUGGCACAAGACCAAGGUGGUCAAGCUUGCGGAGAUUGAUCUCGACUCGGGCCGCAGCGACCCCAAGAACGAGCCCAAGGAAAACAUCCCCACCACUGCCUGGGGCAAGUUUGUCGCCUGGCUCUUCUAA